CCCUCAGUGAGUUGAAGUGGGAAGAAGGCGAAGUGGGAAGGAGGCGGUGUUCUGCUGAUCUGUUAAAUUCUUAGUGAAGUUUCCCUGAUUUCCAGUGGCGGCUGCUGUUUGAGUUUGGUUUAGAGCAGGGCUGAGGUUAUCCUGAAAUUUCUGGGAUAACAUCCAGCAAAAAGGAAGAAGAAGAAAAAGAAAAGAUUGGGGAAAAAAAGUGGGUAGAGAAAGAGCAGGCUAAAGGAGGCUUCUUUUUUCAACAUCGCAUUCCUGUGUUUUGCUUCAGCCUGAAAAAUAUAUUAAUCCCAGGGCUUUUUCUCUCUGGAAACAAAGGAGCUAAACUAGAGUGAGGAAGAAAGGAGUGAUUAGAAGGAUCAUGGAACUUUGAAAGAGAGAGAGAGAGAUUCAGAAACAGCUGAGAGUUCACUUUUAUUAGAUGAAAUGUGUCUCUGUGUGUGUGUGACUAAUACAGAAACAAGACAGACCGGCAGGUAAAUGGAGCAGCAAAAAUCACAAAGGAAAUUUCCUUUCACGUCAUCCCACUUGUCAAGAAGGUGAAGAAAAACAAAAAAGUAAAAGCUCCACAGUGAACCAAACUGUCUCUGGAGUCUGUUUUGUUACAUAAAAACCAGUGAGCUGCAGCAAAACUCCAUGGCAUUGCUCUCCCUCUAAAGAAAGGGCUGGGAUACACGUAUCGUGAACAGAAACUUUCCUGCGAGGUGGAUCGUACAAUGAACUGGACACUAAUUCUGAGUUUAGCCAUGCUGUGGGCAACAUGGCUAGCGUGUGACUCUGAGAAGACAGUGAGGCUAGCAGACAGAGGGAGCCAUGGAAUUAGUUACUUGCCUCUCUCUCACAGGGCUAGCAAUGGAUCGCUCUCCUUCCUGAGAAGGUCGGAGGCAUCCCAGGGGAGUUGGACACCUUCACAGGGGAAUCUCGAACGUCCUGUUGCCAAGAGGGAUACUCCGGCAUCAAAAAAUGUACGACCUGACUUGCUGCGAGAUGAAGUGCCUGCCCAAGCCAGGAGUGUCAGGGCCAGAGUGAGGAAGACGCAGAGACACACCGUUGCAGCCAGACAUCCCCAGCGUGACAUGAUUAAGGACGAGGGGAAGUCUGCAGUGUCUCGGUCACGAAUUUUACGUUUCCCUUCAGGGUCCAGUUCUCCCAAUGUCCUGGCUAGCUUUGCCGGCAAGAACAGAGUCUGGGUCAUCUCUGCCCCUCAUGCCUCUGAAGGCUACUACCGGCUCAUGAUGAGCCUGCUUAAAAGCGAUGUCUACUGCGAACUGGCUGAGAGGCACAUCCAGCAGAUCGUGUUGUUCCAUGAGGAAGGGGAGGAAGGAGGGAAAGUCAGGAGGAUAACUAGUGAAGGGAAAAUCCUGGAGCAGCCUCUAGAUCCCAGCCUCAUCCCUAAGCUCAUGAGCUUUCUGAAACUGGAGAAGGGGAAAUUUGGCAUGGUGCUGCUGAAGAAGACCUUACAGGUGGAGGAAAGGUACCCUUACCCUGUAAGGCUAGAGGCCAUGUACGAAGUCAUCGACCAGAGCCCCAUCAGGAAAAUCGAGAAGAUGAGGCAGAAGGGUUUCAUCCAGAAAUGCAAAGCUGCCAGGGUGGAGGGGCAAGUGGUGGAGGAAGGUAACAAUAGUGGCAGCACCAGACCUACAUCAAGUGGUGGACACGUCCAGCUGUCGGUAAGGAAGGAGGAGCCAAGGAGAAGCAAUGUUCAGCCAACAAGGAGCAAAACAGUGAAGAAACCAAUCACAAUCACAGUGGCUCCUCCUCCCCCUUCAACAAGGGCCAGCACUCUCCCUCCCACAACCACCACUACCCAGGCAACCACCCGCAUAGUGAUGAUGCUGAGCAGACCUAUCACCACAGCCACAACCCUUCCAACCACUCAGAGAACUUGGACCACAAAGUCACACACCACUUCCAACUAUCAUAGGCUGCCCACAGCGCCCGAGGCAACUGCCCCACAGGGAACAGCCACUGAUGAUUUCUACACCCCUGUGUGGAAUGAGAACCGCAGAGACAGGCAGCAUGGCCACCCAGAGAGACACCCAGUAGCCACCCGGAGACCUGGCAAAGUUGCCAGCAAUGACAGCUACACAGAGGCUCCCACAGCCACCUCAGAGCACUACACGAGGGCAAACACAGGUAGAUUUAGAGACAACCGUACAGACCGGAAGGACUAUAUUCACCGGGAUCCCAGUGUCACUCCAGGCCAGCACAAACCAGCCAAAGCCAAGCCACCUAAAAAGAGAACCCAGGAAAAGAUCCUGAGCAAUGAAUAUGAGGAUAAAUAUGAUCCAAGCAGGCCUGCUAUUCCCCACUUGGAGCAAGAGAUUGCAGCAGGGAAUGUCCCGCUGAAGAAAGGGAAAGAGCCAAAGAAGCACGACCGACCAGACAAGCCUGAGAAGAAGAAGAAGAAGGAGAGACCCGACAAGCUGCAGAAGAGCGAGAAGCACGCCAAGAAGGACAAAGCUGAGAAGAAGAACAAGCAGGACAAAGACCGUAGCAAGAAGAACAAGAAGGGUAGCAGGACUGAGAACGAGGGCUAUCUGAAGCCAAACAUAAAGCCUUUCCUUCAGCCCUCCAGGAAAUCGGUGACAAACCUCCUAGAUUUUUUUGAAGGCAAACGGCGACUCAUUCUGAUCACAACCCCCAAGGCCGACAACACCAUGUACGUGCAACAGCGAGACGAAUACCUGGAGAGUUUCUGCAAGAUGGCCACAAGGAAAAUCUCAGUCAUCACAAUUUUCGGCACCAUGAACAACAGCAGCAUGAAGAUUGAUCACUUUCAACUAGAUAAUGAGAAGCCCAUGAAGGUGGUAGAGGAUGAUGACCUUGUGGACCAGCCCCUCAUCAAUGAGCUGAGGAAAGAAUACGGGAUGACCUACAAUGACUUCUUCAUGGUGCUGACGGAUAUUGACAUGAGGGUCAAGCAAUAUUAUGAAGUGCCCAUUGCAAUGAAGUCUAUAUUUGAUUUGGUUGACACCUUCCAGUCACGAAUCAAAGACAUGGAAAAGCAGAAGAGGGAAGGUAUUGUCUGCAAAGAUGACAAGAAACAGUCCCUGGAAAACUUCUUAUCCAGGUUCCGGUGGAGGAGGAGGCUGCUGGUGAUCUCUGCUCCCAGUGACGAGGACUGGGCCUACUCCCAGCAGCUUUCUGCCCUCAGUGGACAGGCCUGUAAUUUUGGUCUGCGCCACAUAACUAUCCUCAAGCUGCUAGGACUCGGGGAAGAGAUCGGUGGUGUCUUAGAAUUGUAUCCCAUCAAUGGAAGCUCCAAUGUAGAGCGAGAAGAUGUCCCUGCUAACCUGGUGAAAGACAUCCGCAAUUAUUUCCAAAUCAGCCCUGAAUAUUUCUCCAUGCUUCUGGUUGGCAAGGAUGGAAACGUCAAAUCCUGGUACCCUUCCCCAAUGUGGUCCAUGGUGAUCGUGUACGAUUUGAUCGAUUCCAUGCAGCUCCGGCGACAGGAAAUGGCAAUUCAGCAAUCACUUGGCAUGCGAUGCCCGGAAGACGAGUAUGGUGGGUAUGGUUACCAUAGCUAUCACCAGGGAUACCAGGAAGGUUACCAAGAUGACUACCGUCACCAUGAAAGUUACCACCAUGGAUACCCAUACUAAAAAGAGCUACUUAACCUUUGACUGCUGCCUCUUGCCUGCAUCCUAAUAGCUGUUCAAGCUGCAAGUGGCCAGACAUGGAAAUUCUUCUGAAGCCAUCUAAAUGCCCAUGCCUCUUUCUUCCAGUAUUCAGUCAAGGGCCUAAAUAAACAUUGUAUUUGCCGUUUUGAAAAUCCACAAGCCUUUACAGUGAAAUAUUUCAAACCAGUAGAACUGAUGCUUUUAAGCAGUAAAGACUCCUUUAUAUUUUUUAACCCCUGUAAUCAGAGGGCAUCACCAGUUUCAGUUUGUUUGUAUUAAACAAAAAAACAAAACCAAAAAAACAAAAAACAAAACAAAAAAAUCUUUCCCCCACGGACCUCAUACUGUAGCCAGGACACAACCUGUACAAUAGACAUUGUAACAUUUUUUUAUAUAUAUUUUUUUCAAGGAGAAAAACAAAGCAUAUUUAUUGGAAAGUGAGAAUUUUAUAUCAUGCUGAUGAACAGACAAAGAGGAUCACAUGCCAGGACUUUCCCAAGGAAGGAGAUUUUAGGAAAUAAGUGUGGGGCAGGUUCUCUUUUAGAAUAAUUUUUUUAAAACCCUUUCAAAAUGCCUUCUCUAAAAUGACUGCAUCUCUUUUGUAACAGAUCAGCUUUGUACUUAGCUGAGUUUCACCCAUAACCUACCAAAAUGCCACCUUAAGGGUUGCUAAAGGAUUUGAUACAAUACAGCAGAAAAAGCUCUGAACGACAAAUCUUGCUGCAUGUCACUUUAUGUCUUUAGCUGGGGUUCUUGCUCCAUGAGACAAUUAAAUCCAUCCUAGCUACAGCUCUGCUUAAGCCAGAGCUGCAAGCUAGCAGGGUUCGAAUUCUAGAUGGUUGAAAAAAAUUGAAUUUCGGCAGAAAAGGAAGACAUUUCUCCAAAAUAUUUGUUAACAUUUUUACUUGCUUUUCAACCAGCAAUUUCUAAUAAUAUUUUGGUGAAAAUUUCAUCUCCAGAGCCAGAUAGAUAUUUUGACAAAAAUUUUCAUCUAAAUUUCAAAAUUCCUUCUCCACCCUCCCCCCACUCCCCAAAAAAAGGACAAUUAUUUUUUACAAAAAUGUUUAUGAAAAUUUGGACCUGCUUAUUCAACUAGCUCUGCUUCUGCUAUGGUUUCUCUAACUAGCAGGCCCAUUGGUAUAUAUAUAUUUUUUUGAGACCUAUACUAGUCACACUAUGCCAUAGGCAAUAACCCCUGAACACCAAUCUUUUAUCCUAUUGUUUUGUAACAUACAGUCUAAAAAUAUGAACUUCACCCUAGUCAAGGAAACUGUAUUAGAAUAUAGGGGCUUGGAAAAAUAAUUCAGAGAGAGCUCUAACCAACUCCCAUUCAAAUCAAUGGGAAGGAGUCUAUCUUCUCAUUUUAAUGAGAGUUGAAUCAAGCCUUUAACCCUUAAGGGCCUUGCAGCAAAAUUCAGGAAUAUCCCAAUGAGAAGACCUCAUGCAGGAUGGAAGGCACAUCUAGGUGACCUUUAACCUCACUGAUUAUAUGGAAACUUGGUAUCUUGAUACACAUCCCACCCAUCACCCUUAGGGACACAUUUGGAAAAGGAUUCUUAUCAAUGGUCAGAGCCAUAGGGUAGAAACAUGCGGGGGCCAAAGUACACCCCACAGUGUGACAUUAAGCAAGUAGUUGGAAAUCUUUGUCCCCCCAGAUGAGAACAAAAUUCGGUAAAACAAGGGCUUCACUGAAAACCAGGUGUUUUCCUUAGAAACCAUCUCAAAAGUCCAGCCUUGUAUGCUACUUCUGGGUAGGGUGACCAGAUGUCCCAAUUUUAUAGGGACAGUCCUGAAAUUCGGGGCUUUUUCUUAUAUAGGUGCCUAUUACCUUCCAGCCCCUGUAUUGAUUUUUCACACUUGCUUUCUGGGUCACCCUGAUAAGCACAGAAAGAGUGAAACACUGCCAGAAAGCCCAACUGGUUUCUGAAGCAGGCUUCCCUCAGCACCAGGAUUUCCAGCCACCUUCUGGAGCAGGCUUUCCUCAGUGCCAUAAGGCCUAGUCAUCAUGGAGCUAGUUUGACACUCACACCUAGAUCCUCAAAGGUCGGUAGGUGCUUAAUCUGUUCAAAUCAAUGGGAGUUAGGUGUUUAAAUAUCUUUGAGGAUUUGGGCCUCAUUUCCUAGGUAGGGAAUGGUGAUUGGGGCUUGCUGGUGAAGGAUGGCCCUGGAAGGAGCCAUCUUGAAAAGACUGUUUACUUUGUAACUUCUAGCUUUCAAGUUGGCUGCUGCCUGCAGCAAUUCAGCCGCUGAAAUGGAGGGGGAAGAGAAUUUUUUUUAAAAAGGCAAGAAGGAAUGAUAAAAAAUAAUGAGCCAGGCUGAAGCAAGUCUUAGAGGAAAGUGUGUGAUGUCCUAUGGCUCAGCUUAAGAAAGUAAGUGCCGAUUGCCUUAGUGCAAAACAGUCAGCUGCUUAACCACCUUGGUCUAAGGCAGAAGCAGGGUAAGUACACCAGAUGUUUCUCUAACACUUACGUCCUUUAGAUGAAAGAAGACGCCAUUUUAAGGAGAUUUCUCAGUCAUUUAAAACAUUUCCAUGUCUUUGUAUUUUUGCAAUGACUCUAAAUGAAUGCACAGUAAAUCACGCUGUAAAUCAUGAGUUAGCGGAAACGUCCGGUGUUGGGGUUGGGGAGAAGGGACUUAACCUGCCAAAACAAAUGGAAAAGUUCAACCAAAUAGGCAAGAUCCUGAGAAUUUAAAAUUGUGUAUGCACCAGACACUGACCUGUCACUCUAUGGAUUUAGCGCUGAAGUCAAGAUAGGUAUGUGGCUGUCAAUGUAUAGAGAUUGGUCCAAACAAACUCUGCAUCUGAACACCUGCAAGAUUUAGGAUUUGUCUUAACAUGGAUCUAAAUUUUGAUGCUGACCCCUAUCUCUAAUAGACCAAACCUAACUCCCCUUUCUGAGCAACUUGAAAUGUUGAGGGAUGGGGUUUGAUAUCCAGAGCAGGUCUGAAUUUUGCAGCCCAUCUCUCUUUAUCAAGUCCCCUGGGCAGAAAACUUUGUUAACCUGGAGCUAAGGUUGAAAUGAUCUAUCCCAUUGUCAACCAAAAAAACCCUUAAGAGAACAAUGUACCUUGCUCAACCCCCCCGCCCCCAAACAUUAGAAAGCUGGAAACUUCCAAAUUAAGGUUUCACUUUAACAAAAACAAAACUAGCCCCGAACAGUUGAAAGUAUGUUGUUAGUCUCACAACCAACCUUAACGCUGCCCUUCUGUAGCACCACUCUGAGAACAAGCAGAAACUGAGACAUGCUUAGCUAUCCAUCAUGCAGGUAUAUUAAGUUCAUAUUUCUAUGCCUGUUAACGAAACAAUUCUUCAUGGUAGAUAGAGAAUGAUGUUUUGGAGUUUCUGGAUGUUUGCAGGAUUCCUAGGAUUUUGGGUCAUUUUUCCUCUGGCCUUCUAUCACCAAUGCUGUUGUGUUGGAUUCACAAUACUGAUGAAAUUUACUGAAGGAAACACUAUUUUCAUAUGGUUUUUUU